UGAUCAAGCAUCACACCAGUACAAUCAUCAGCGCGUGCGUGCAGGACGUUGCAGACUCGUGACACAAGGAGAGGGAAAAACAAGCGAAUAUUUCGAUUUUAAAAACGAUUACUAGGGGAAAUGCCACCAACAUGACCUUUCAUAGCGUAGAGGGCGCGAAGUGCGGGCGAUUUUUAGGGUGAACUUGUGAAUAAACAUGACGCACUACGUUGAACAACAAUGUUUUGAUUCUGGGCCGUGACGUCAUCUACCAGUACACGAAAAUGGUUCCCCUUUAGUUUUGAUUCGGGAAAACAAACUGCUGGCAACUUUAAAUGUGUCAUCUUGACCAAGUGAAGGGCUGAAUGCAAAACGGCCGAGAACUUCAAGACAUGGAAGCGUGCGCAGAGAGAGGACGCAAGCUGCGCUCCAUCUGCCGGAGAAUGUAUGAUGAGAAUGAGGAUUUCUCCGACGUGGAGGAAAUUGCGAAUGUCAGAGGUUUCAGCUUGGAGGAAAAACUUGAGAGCGACUUGUACAAUUCCAAUUUUGUACAACGCAUGGAUGGAAAAGAUUUCACCUAUGAAUAUGUUCAACGGGAAGCACUCAGAACUCCUUUAAUUUUUGAAGUGAAAGAUGGACUAGGCAUCAGAAUGCCUGAUCCAGACUUUACUGUCAGUGAAAUUAAAGCUUUGGUGGGAAGUCGUCGUGCUUUGGACGUGAUGGAUGUGAGCACACAGAAGGGGACGGAGAUGAGCAUGGCUCAGUUUGUGCGCUACUAUGAGACGCCGGAGCAGGAGCGGGACAAGCUGUUCAACGUCAUCAGCCUGGAGUUCAGUCACACCAAGCUGGAGAGCCUCAUCAAAAGGCCUACCGUGGUGGAUCUUGUGGACUGGGUGGAUAACAUGUGGCCACCUCAUCUGAAGACACAGCAGACUGAGUCUACGAACAUCAUCACUGAGAUGAAAUACCCCAAAGUCCAGAAGUACUGCCUGAUGAGUGUGAAGGGCUGUUUCACAGACUUCCAUAUCGACUUCGGAGGGACGUCGGUGUGGUACCACGUCUUCAAAGGAGGCAAGAUCUUCUGGCUGGUGCCCCCCACCCCCCAUAAUCUGGCGCUCUACGAGGACUGGGUGUUGUCAGGGAAACAGAGCGACGUCUUCCUGGGCGACAGAGUCGAUGGCUGUCAGAGGGUGGAGCUGAAGCAGGGAUACACCUUUUUCAUCCCCUCAGGCUGGAUCCAUGCUGUGUACACCCCUGAGGACACCCUGGUAUUUGGCGGGAACAUUCUUCACAGCUUUAACAUUCCUAUGCAGCUCAGCAUCCAUGAGAUUGAGAAUAGGACCAGGGUCCACUCCAAGUUCCGCUACCCAUUUUUCUACGAGAUGUGCUGGUAUGUUCUAGAGCGCUACAUCCACUGCCUGACUCGACGCACGCACCUCAGCCCACAUUACCGCCCAGACUCUAUGCUAGCGGCUACGCUAACGGACACAGAGACCAAGCGGAGCAUGGAGAGCCCUGACUCUGACACCAAACUGGACGUCCAGGACGAAGACUCAAGUGGUGCCUGUCCAGCUAGUGGCAACAACAAGCCCUGCUCCCCCCAACCGGACGGCCAGACAGCCACCCCUGCACUACCCCUCAGCAGUACCACCACCACCACCACCCCCCACCACACUCCCCCAGAAGCAAGCCCCGCCAGCGACCCUGAUACUGAAUGCACCCACCCGCCAGAGUUUUCCGGAACCCCUUGUGGGUCUCCGAGGUCAGAGGUCGGCUCCAGGAGGACGCACCUGACGGAGUUUGAGGUGCAGGGCCUGCGGGCGCUGGUGGAGAAGCUGGAGGCGCUGCCCGAGAGCAAGAGAUGCGUCCCGGAUGCCAUCGCAGACCCGAGCGCCCUGCUCCAGCACAUGAAGGUCGUGCUGAAGGAGCAUGUUGCUGAUGAUCCCAACAUGGCUGUCACAGGAGUUCCUGUUGUGAGCUGGCCAAGGAUCGCCGUCAAGCGUCCAGCCAACCGCCCCAAACCCAAGGCCGGCUCUCCCUCGGGCGCGGGCGUGGCCAAGCUGUCGGGGGGUCGCGGUUCGUCGGGGUCACGGCGGCGCCGGACACGAUGCAGGAAGUGCGAGGCGUGCGUGAGGACGGAGUGCGGGGAGUGCCACUUCUGCAAGGACAUGAAGAAGUUCGGGGGCCCGGGACGCAUGAAGCAGUCCUGCAUCAUGAGACAGUGCAUCGCUCCGGUCCUCCCUCACACUGCGGUGUGUGGUGUGUGUGGGGAGGCGGGGAAGGAGGACUCUGCAGAGCAGGAGGAGGACAAGUUCAACCUCACGCUCAUGGAGUGCUCCAUCUGCAAUGAGAUUGUGCACCCACUCUGUCUCAAGGUAAAGGAUGCCAGUGGCAUUGUGAAUGAUGAGCUGCCAAACUGCUGGGAGUGUCCCAAAUGCAACCACGCUGGCAAGUCAGGGAAAGCCAACAAGCAAAAAAGAGGACCAGGCUUCAAGUACGCGUCCAACCUCCCGGGGUCGCUGUUGAAGGACACACGCAAGGAGCCAUCGGGCCGAGACAUCAAGGAUGAGCCCAGCCCCACCUUCGCCAUGGAAACGGCCUCGCCGACCGUGCCCGUGCCCUCGCUGGACAGACGGAAGGCAGAGAGGGAGGACUCGUCGUCCCGAGCGCGAGAGGAGGAGCCUCAGAGGAAGCGUGUCCCGCCUCCACACCCUGAGCCACACCCACGCCCCAAACUGGAGGAGAACCCGCUGAGGAAGAAGAGGAAACUCUUCGACACGGACGCCGAGCCCAGCGCCAGGAAGAAGAAAAAGUCCAUAAAAUCAGAGAACUCCCAGUCCUGCAAGCUUUUGUCCUCCAUCAAAGUGGAGAAGGAGGAGGAGGAGGAUGAGUAUGGGGGGACACAGGACCGAGAGGGACAGCGAGGAAGGUCAGAGGAAGAGGAGGAUGGGGAUGACGAGAGGGAAGAGGAGGAGGAGGAGAAGAACUCCGAGAGGAGGAAGGUCCCACCCAGCCUGCAGCCCAGAAAGACGAAGAAGGAGAGUGACCAAUCACAGCGCAGCCCUCCACAGGCGGGGCCCAGCAGCACCGAAUCAGCAGCAGACAGAAGCAAGCCGAGGUCCAAUCAGAGGUCUCGGCAGCCGAAGGUGGCCAAGCGGGAGCCGAAACAGGAAGUGCAGCCGAAAGAGGAGCCCCUGAAUGGACAGAACGGCCGCCGACCAAUCAAGUCGGAGCCUGUGGAGAGUGAUGAAGAGGAUGCGGACGAUGAGGAAGAGGAGUGCCUGGGGAGAGUCCGCAGGGUGAACGGCGAGCGGAAGCACUUGAGUAACGGGCACCGGCGCGGCAGCGGGGGCAACGGGAGCGACCUGGCCGACUGGCUGUGCUCGGCGCACGAGCGGAACAGCGGCGCCACCGCCGCACCGCGCAGCAGCAGACCGGUCCUGUCGCCGCUGGGCUGGAGCCGCAGUCCGCCCCCCCCUCGCUCCCACCUGGCCCACUCACCCCCCUCCCCCGCCAACGCCACCUCCCCCCAGGAGCGCCACGUCGUCCGGCCCCCGCCCAUCAGCCCCCCGCCGGACUCGCUCCUGCUCGCCAGCGGCCGGCAGCACGUCAUGCGGCGAGAGCUCUGGAUGGUCGUGUUCACGCACCUCUCACACCACGACCUGUGUGUGUGCAUGCGCGCCUGCAAGACCUGGAACCGAUGGUGCUGUGAUAAGCGUCUGUGGACGCGGAUUGACCUGAGCCGCUGUAAGUCCAUCACACCAUUGAUGCUCAGCGGGAUCAUCCGACGGCAGCCCAUCUCCCUGGACCUCAGCUGGACCAACGUCUCCAGGAAGCAGCUCAGCUGGCUCAUCAACCGGCUGCCUGGUUUGCGGACGCUCCAGUUAGCGGGCUGCUCGUGGGCAGCGGUGUCGGCUCUGUGCACGGCGAGCUGUCCCCUCCUGCACUCCCUCCACCUGCAGUGGGUCGAGGGCCUCAAGGACGCCCAGAUGGAGGACCUGCUGUCCCCCCCCACCGACAACAGACCAGGUCAGCUGGAGUGUCGCAGUAAGCUGCGUAAUGUAGUGGACCUGCGUCUGGCGGGCCUAGACAUCACAGACUCGUCUCUGCGUCUGCUCAUCGUGAACCUGCCGCUGCUCUCCUGUCUCGACCUCAGCUACUGCAACCACAUCACUGACCAGUCCAUCAACAUGCUGACGGCCGCGGGGACCAGUACGCGCGACUCUCUCACCGAGAUCAACCUCUCAGUGUGCAACCGUGUCACAGACCAGGCCCUGGCCUACUUCAAGCGCUGUGGCAGCAUCUGCCAUAUAGACCUGCGCUACUGUAAGCUGGUCACCAGGGGGGGCUGUGAGCAGUUUAUCGCCGAGAUGUCCGUCAGCGUGCAGUUCAGCCUGCAGGAGGACAAACUACUGCGCAAGCUCACCUAGGCAACACUGGCCAGCCACGUCACCCAGGCGAUGCUGACCAGUGACAUAACCUAGGCAACGCUACAGAGCAGCAGCGAUGUCACUGAGGCAACACCGACCAGCGUCAUCACCUAGGCAACACUGACCAGCGAUAUCACCGAGGCAACACCGACCAGCAAGCUCACCCAGGGAACGCAGAGCAAGUUCAGCUAAGGAAUGCUGACCAGUAAACUUACCCUUGGAACACUGGCCAGUAAACUGACUGAGGAAGCACGGACCAGCCAAUGUGGAAGGCUGCGAAGCCUCUGCGCUCACACUGCAGGUCUUAAACACACACACACAUACACACACACACACACACCACUGAGGAACUGCUAUACGCCAUCUUUACCUUAACUGCUAACGCGUACACACUUCAGAGGACGGUGGGCCGAGGCUUGGUCAGUGAGAUUACAAACAGGCUAUUGAUGGUCAAUGAUCCUUCACACUCUGUAAACAUACGCACACACACACUUGUGUGUACAUACAUGUACUGUACAUAUACACAUGUGCUCACUCUGUUCGCUCACACACACACACACACACAUACACAUAGACACACAUACACGCUCAUGCCAUUUUGCUGCUCAUGCCAAAUUGUUUUGUUUUUUUAAGCACAUAUUUUUUGUUGGACUGUUUUUUUAUGUCGCGUGUGUCCUCCGCUGUCUGUGUUAAGUUAUGCUGCUGAGCCGUCGUGCAUUGCUUGUGAUGGGACAAGGGACACUUUUUGAGUCCAUAUUUUUAUAUCGUUUGGGACUCCUGGAGAUUGAUCUUUGUUUUCAGAGCAAUGCAGACCUCACGUUUUAUGCAGGUUUAUUUUUGUACAAGAAUUUGUUUUAUUUGUAUCUGAUGUAAAAGGCACUCAGUUCCACAGUGGUUAUUUUAUUUGUAUUUGAUGUAAAAGGCACUGUUCCACAGUGGUUACAUUCCAUCAGUGUCCUAGUUGUCCACCUUGGUCUGAGUUCCACUGCAGAUCUACUUUCUUAUGUAGGAAGCCCUUAAUAUCGUUUAAUUUAUGCAGCAUCUCCUUAAACAUGGGAGUUAUGGGAGAGGGUACUCCAUCUGACUGUGUUACUGUUUUGAGUUGGUUUAUAUCUGAAAACAGAAGAAAAGAAACAAUUUGCACUGUUUGACAUAAAUAAAUAGUUAUUUUUUCUUAA